AUGGAUUUCAGUGAAGCUCCAGCCUUGUUUGUGCCCGAGAGCAAUGAUGAUUCUAUCGAUAUUUAUGAAGACCUGGAAUUCGGUUUUAGCAGCAAUAAUGAAACGCAGGUUAAGGCAGUUUCUCCCGGGCUUAAGGAAGGCAUGGAUCUAUUUGAGGAAAUUGUCACAGAGGAACAAAAUAACAAAACUGCAUCCUACAAUGAGUUAAAAUUGAGAUAUCAGGCUGCUCAAACGCAGAUCACAGAGUUGCACAGAAGGUUGGAGCAGUUAGAAGUCCAGAACACUGCUUUGUCCAAAAACAACAAUCUCCUAAAGAUGAACAUAUCCAUUCUUCUUCAAACUGCCAGACAAGAGGUCACACGGAAGGACGCAGAGAUUAUGAGACUUAACCAAGAAUCAAUAAACGGUCCCUUUCAUCAACCUUGGAACCUGCGAGAUCAAAGCGGCUCCAAUCACAGGCAACAACAUGCUUCAUCUGAGGCCCCUCCAUCUUCAUCAUCUCUCAACCAAGAACCCAGACCCUCCACGAUCCACAAUUUCUACGAAGACCCCAGACCCUUCACGAUCGACAGUCUCAACCAAGAACCCAGACCCUGCACGAUCCACAGUCUCAACAAAGAACCCAGACCCUUCACAAUCCACAGUCCCAAUGAAGAACUCAGACCCUCAACGAUCCACAGUUUCUACAAAGACCCCAGACCCUUCACGAUCAACAGUCUCAACCAAAAACCCAGACCCUCCACGAUCCACAGUCUCAACAAAGAACCCAGACCCUCCACGAUCCACAGUUUCUACAAAGACCCCAGACCCUUCACGAUCAACAGUCCUCACAAAGAACCCAGACCCUUCACAAUCCACAGUCCCAAUGAAGAACUCAGACCCUCAACGAUCCACAGUUUCUACGAAGACCCCAGACCCUUCACGAUCGACAGUCUCAACCAAGAACCCAGAACCUUCAAGAUCCACAGUCUCCACAAAGAACCCAGACCCUGCACGAUCCACAGUCUCAACAAAGAACCCAGACCCUUCACAAUCGAUAGUCCCAAUGAAGAACUCAGACCCUCAACGAUCCACAGUUUCUACGAAGACCCCAGACCCUUCACGAUCGACAGUCCCAACCAAGACCCCAGACCCUUCACGAUCGACAGUCCCAACCAAGACCCCAGACCAUCCACGAUCCACAGUCCCAACAAAGAACCCAGACCCUCAACGUUCCACAUUCCCAACAAAAACCCCGGAACCUCCACGGUCUGCAGUCUCAUCUAA